GCUUCCCAAAGCAGCUCCUCAGCUGCUUGGAAGGAAAAGUGCUGAGACUGGGAUUGCUUCUGUGUCGGAGCUGCCACUGGGGAGACGCAGCCUCCGAGGGCUCAGGUGGUUUCAUUCCCAGCUUUGCCACUGAUAAGCCUGCCCGGGAUGUGGCCGCGGCGGGGCUGAGCGGCCGGGCCGGGGCCGUGAUGGACGGCCCGAGCGGGGGCUGCCCGCCCGCCGGCCCGCUGCGGCCGAAGCUGCCGCUCAGCAUCGUGUUCUCGACGGCUCUGUUCUGCGGGGAGAGCGCCGCGGCCGCCGUGCUCUGCUUCUCCUACAGCCACUCCGACGACCGCUUCUGGCUGGCGCUCACCAUCUUCUUCAUGCUCUGCCCGUCCGUGCUGGUGCAGCUCACGCUCAUCUUCGUGCACCGCGACAUCAGCCGCGACCGGCCCCUCAUCGGGCUCAUGCAUCUGCUCCAGCUCGGGCCCAUCAUCAGGUGCGUGGAGGCACUGGUGGUGUACUGCUCAUCGGGGAGGCAGGAGGAGCCCUAUGUCACCAUCACCCGCAAGCGGCGGCUGCGGAAGGGCUACGAGGUGGAGAUGGAGCAGGAGAUGGGUCACUCGGAGCGGCGCCUGGCCACGCACCGCAAUGCCUUCAAGCGCAUGGCGGUCAUCCAGGCCUUCCUGGGCUCCACACCGCAGCUCAGCGUCCAGCUCUACAUCAGCAUCCUGGAGAAGUAUGUCCCUGCUGCCCGAGCAGUCCUCAUGGGCAUCUGCCUCGUGUCAGUCACCUACGGAGCCCUCGUCUGCAACGUCCUGUCCAUCCAGGUCAAGUACGACGACUACAAGGUGCAGCUGCGGCCGCUGGCCUUCCUCUGUAUCGUGCUGUGGCGCAGCCUGGAGAUCUCCACGCGCGUGGCUGUCCUGGUGCUCUUCAGCACUGUCUUCAAGCACUGGAUCAUCCCCAUCGCCCUGGCCAACCUGCUGAUCGUCUUCUUCAUGCCUUGGGUGCAGUUCUGGCGCAGCGGCACCCGCCUGCCCGACAACAUAGAGAAGAACUUCAGCCGCGUGGGCACCGUGGUGGUGCUCUGCGCAUUCACCCUCCUCUAUGCCAGCAUCAACAUGUUCUGCUGGUCGGCCGUGCAGCUCAAGCUGGCUGACAGGGACCUCAUUGACAAGUCUCAGGACUGGGGCCGCUUGGCUGUGUACUACGUGGUACGGCUGAUGGAGAACAUGACCCUCAUGGUCCUCUGGUACUUCUUCAAGACGGAUGUGUAUGAGAACAUCUGCACCCCGCUGCUGGUGGUGCAGCUGCUCCUCGGCUACUGCCUGGGCAUCUACUUCAUGCUCCUCUUCUUCCAGUACCUGCAUCCCUGCCGGCAGCUCUUCCAGCACAACGUUGCUGACUUCUUGCACUGUGUUUGCUGUCACCGGCACCCGCCGGGGACCCCUCUGCACCUCGAAGUACCGUAUGAGCCUGGUGUGAGGCACAGCAUUGUCUGAGGGACAGCCAGCACCCGGCUAUGGACACAAAGGACUUUGGGAUGCCCAAACUGCUGCUGCAAGCAGCCGCUGUGCAGUGCACAGCCCUGUGGGUGCCCUGACACCCCAACCUGCACACUAUGGUACACACAGUGACCCUGGGGACACAGGGGCCAGCAGGACUGUUUUAAGCAGUAAAGAACCUCUGCUGUGGCUGCA